AGCAACAUAGAAAAUGCUGUCGGAUAGGCACCACUCGAGAGAUUCACCGUGAGGAAGAAAAACCCUCUCCUAUAUAAACCCUUCAUAUGAAUUCCCUCGAUUCAUCAUCCCUUGAAUCGACCAUGGACACCGCCACCGCUUAUAAGAACAACAGAAGCUCCAAGCUCAAGCGCCAGAGACCCCACCUAAUCGAUACCGUUUCCGAUUGCGAAGAGGAAGGAGAUUCUCAGGUCUGGGAGACUCUCGACCGGAAUUUUCGUCACGUGCAGUCCGUGCUCGACCGGAACCGAGUGCUGAUCCAACAAGUCAACGAGAACCACCAGUCGAAAACACCCGAUAACAUGGUCAAGAACGUGGCGUUGAUUCAGGAGCUUAACGGGAAUAUAUCGAAGGUCGUGUCUCUUUACUCUGAUCUUAACGCGAAUUUCUCCACUGCGUUUCACCAGCAUUCCAAGAACGGGACUGCCAAUGGUAAGUGAUGAUCACAGGAGAGCAUAAGCAUCAAAGGGGCGAAACUGGAGUUCCCUGUCUCGUCUCUCUCUCUCUCUCUCUCUCUCUUUAUACUCUUAUCUCUAGAGUUCUUUUUGAUCCGUAACCUACGAUAAUUCAAAGUUCAAUCUAAUUAUUCUUACUUUAGAAUAAAAAUUGAAUAAUCCCACUUGGUGGGUGGUGAUUUAAGUGCGACUAAAUGAGUUUCUCUAGCGAUCUGGUAUCUACUAUGAAUAAUUCUUGUUACUUGGUAGUUAUUAGUUAAGAAGUCUUGGGUCCCUGGUUCUAAUUGCUGUCUCUGGUUUCUUCUUUGGUAUUGAGUCAUAUAAUAAGAAGUGUAUAUGACCUGUUGAAGCAGCCAGCAGUUUGAUGUCCUCUUUGAUCUUGAUAAUGUAAUGAAGUACUUGUUCAUCA